UACGGCUAUGCCACCCCGAAGACUCGAAUGGGCAAAUUCAUCACGUUGAUCUACGCUCUAGUCGGCAUUCCACUCGUCUUCCUCUACCUCUCCAACAUCGGAGACUACUUGGCCGACGUGUUCCGCGUCCUUUACGCUCGCACUUGCAUGCGAACCUGCGAUCAGUUCUGCUCGGUCGAAGGUCCGUCGUUGUUUUUCGCCAAAUACAUCCAAAGCCGCCUCACCAGCAUCCAUGCCUCACGAUUGCCCGAGCCCGGCUUGCCGGCCGACCUCGAGGCCGGUGCUGUGGGCGGAGGCGCGGCAGGUUUGGUACCACCGCAUCAUACUCGAGUGCGCAGACGAGCCCUCCUCUCGGCGGUCGGUUGGCGUCGAAGCGCGCAAGACCAACUGCGCAGACGAGCCCUCCUCUCGGCAGUCGGUUGGCGUCGAAGCGCGCAAGACCAACGUGAAGCGAUUCGCCAUCGUCUCGCCGAAGAACUGGCUCAAGAGGCGGCCGAAUUGGCCGCCGAGGAUGGACGAGCCGCGGCUGCUGCGGCUGAAGCGAGGGCGAACGAUGAGCCGGAGCCACUUGCGGCCGACGCGGUGGAGGCGGCCGAGCCUGCAGAUGCGCCCGCCGGUCAUGGUACAGCCGGGCCGAACUGUGUGCCGACGGGACUGGCGACCAGCUGUACGUCGGUGUCAAAGGGCAAAACGAACUCUGCCGGCCUACGCAGCAGUGGCCCUCCGCUCUUCGACUCUUUCACGUUAGACAGCCUUUCGGGGAAGACUCGCAGCCUGGUCCUAAGCAACGCCGCGGACCUGAUGCAUGUAGGCUUUAGGGUUGCGAGGAUUUCGGCAAACACUUGCUGCGGAAAAGUCUGA